GGCAAACAACCCUUUCUCUCGCUUCCUGCUCUGUGCGAUGGCUGGUGGAUGAGUGAGACCAGCUAUGGUCGCUUUGUAGCGGGCCAACAGAAUGCCUCCACUGAGCUUGCCCAAGGCACCUGUGGAGCACGCCAGUUCCGCACGCGCGGUACCGGCGGCCAUACCGGCUGUGCCAUCCCACGAGGUCAGAGGAUUGAAAGGGCCGCCAAGUACUUUGAAUGGCUAUGUUUCGCCUCUGCAAAGUGCAGGAACUCAGGGCUGUCAGGGCCCCAAUGGUGUUGGACUUAGUGCACCCAAAACAGCUCCCCCUGCACUCCCUGCACCUGGAGUAUCGGGAAGCGGUGGAAGCGGUGCAGCAUUGAGUCUGCCUGCACUGCCGAAACUCACCCCGCCGCCGCCGCCUCGGGCUCUGUUGAAACCACCGGUGGUUGAUUUGAUGAGCAACAGUAGCCACGGAAGUGACGGAGAUGAUUUGGUGUCGGCUGUUAGUUCAGUAUCGAAACAGGCAGAGAUGGAGCCCGUGCGAAAGCUGCGCCCGCCACCUCUGGGUGACUCCCCGUUUCCAGCGCCUAUAUUUUGUGGCGAGGGACCGGAGCAGAGCAGUGCAUCAACUGCCGACGUGGCGCAUGAAGUGCAGCUGCCCAUGUCGGCCACGGACUCCGCCGUGCAAGUUGCUGAGGAGCAUGGAGAGAGCGUGGACCAGCUGGAAGAGCUUGAGGAUGGUGAGGAUGUUCCUCCAGAGAUCGCAGUGGGCAAGAAGCUCGAAGCAGCUGCGAAGGAGACCCUUGGGAAAAGCGUGCAAAUAGCAAGUAGCCCUGAGCACGAAGCGAAUGAUUCUGUCUUGGAGGAAUUCCCCGGCAGGCACAAGGCCACAGACUCCAAGCAUGAGGGUGUCAUGGAGGUCCCUGAGCCAACUCCUCAGCGCAGUGCGUCCUCCGUUUUCUUCGACGCUGCCUCCAACCAAGACGAAGACAGAUCGUUGCAUUCUGCGGCCUCUGGUGCUGAGUCUGAUGCAACCGUCCGAGAUGGCUGUGAUUUGAAUCGACACGCCCAAGAUGUCGCACACUGGACAGCCGAUGCUCCCACUGCUGCUAUUCAUUCAGAGGUGGUUGCUGUUGAAGUGGAAGCAAGACGCCCGAGACGACAACGAGUUUCAACCAUUCCUCCCACAGCGCGCGCCUCAGAGCGCUCCAGCGAGGAAGAGGUCCAGCGCGUCUAUCGACAGAUCAACGACCGCGGCCGCGCGCUGGCGAGUCUGGAGGACCUGCGAGCAUAUGCUGGAGACUUUCUUGGCUUUGGCCAAGCCGAAGUUGAGCGCUUCUUUGAGGAGUUCUCAACUUCCGAAAGCCCGCCCUUGCAAGCUGAGGGCUUCAUCGCUGCCAAUAUCUUCCAUGACCCACUUGGACUCAUUUGGUAA